AUGAAUGAAUUACACUACCACAAAACCAUACAGUGCAGUAACAUGGAUCAGAGAUGCUUCCCUCUCUCUCCCUCCUGUCACUGGUGUGGUCUUAGUGAGGUGCUGAAGGCAAGGGCAGCAGGGUUGGGGUCAAGUAGAAUUGAGGGCAGUCAAUUCAGGAAGUAAACUGAAAAUCUAAUUCAAUAAUAAAUAAAUAAAUAAAUCAUAGAUUUUCAAUGAAUUCUAAAUCAUCUGAAAAGUAUUUUACAUUCAAAUCACUUCCUGAAUUGAUUACCUUCAAUUUCUAAUUGACCCCAAACAUGCAAAGCAGUGAUGUCUCAGAGCGAGGGGGAGGUGCUGGCUCUACCUGCCCCAGAGGACAGGGACGGAGAUGGGGAUAGGGAGGAGGACACGGUGGGGUCGGACCAGGACGAGAGGGCUCUACCUGCCCCAGAGGACAGGGACGGAGAUGGGGAUAGGGAGGAGGACACGGUGGGGUCGGACCAGGACGAGAGCCCAGAGCCAACCCCAGCAGAGCAGCCUGACAGCGGCGACGAGUGGGACACAGACCUGGAGGCUGAUGGUACUACUGUGGUGGAGCUGUGUGUGGGGGGGUGGGGGAGGUGGGGUGGGGGGAGGGGGUGGGGUGGAGAGGGGGUGGGGGAGGUGGGGGUGGAGAGGGGGGUGGAGAGGUGGGGUGGGGUGGGGGAGGGUGGGGUGGAGAGGUGGGGUGUGUUUGUUUGUGUGUGUGUGUGUAUGAGAGAGAGAGAAAGAGCGAGAUGUGUGAGUGAGUGAGUGUGUAUUUCACCAUACACUACAGUACAUUUUAAAUACUCUACAGCACAUCAAAUGUGACUUUUUCAUUGCUUUUCAGGGAUUCUCCGUGUCUGCCUUUGGGCCAGUAACCCUCUCCUCUCCUCUCCUCUCCUCUCCUCUCCUCUCCUCUCCUCUCCUCUCCUCUCCUCUCCUCUCCUCUCCUCUCCUCUCCUCUCCUCUCCUCUCCUCUCCUCUCCUCUCCUCUCCUCUCCUCUCCUCUCCUCUCCUCUUUUUUGACACCACACUCCACAAAGCAAGUCCUGCAGGCUCUAGUUUGAUCUUAUCUUGAUUAUUGUCCAGUCGUAUGGUCAAGUGCUGCUAAGAAAGACCUAGUUGAGCUGCAUCUGGCCCAGAACAGAGUGGCACGUCUUGCUCUUCAUUGUAAUCAGAGGGCUAAUUUUAAUACUAUGCAUGCCAGUUACUCUUGGCUAAGAGUUGAGGAAAGACUGACUGCGUCACUUCUUGUUUUUAUAAGAAACAUUAAUGUUUUGGAAAUUCCAAAUUGUUUGCAUAGUCAACUUACACACAGCACUGCCACACACACUUACCCCACCAGUCUCCAGGUCCAGGACAAAUUCAAGGAAACUUACAGUAUUAUACAGAGCCAUGAGUACAUGGAACUCCCUUCCAUCUUAUAUAGCACAAGUGAAAAGCAAACAUGAUUUUAAAAAAGCAACACCUCACGGCACAACGCCCUUCCCCCAUGUGACCUACUUGCUGUGUGUAUGUACUGACAUGUAUGUGUAACUGAUAGAUGCACACACACACACACACUACAUGUUAAUGUUUUAAGAUGUAUGUAAAUUGUAAAGUAUUUUUCUGUAAUGUAUUUUUCAUUAUGUGUCGGACCUCAGUAAGACUAGCCAUUGGCAUCGGCUAAUGGGGAUCCUCCUCUCCUCUCCUCUCCUCUCCUCUCCUCUCCUCUCCUCUCCUCUCCUCUCCUCUCCUCUCCUCUCCUCUCCUCUCCUCUCCUCUCCUCUCCUCUCCUCUCCUCUCCUCUCCUCUCCUCUCCUCUCCUCUCCUCUCCUCUCCUCUCCUCUCCUCUCAUCCUCCAGAGCAGGACAGGAGAGGCAGGCUGGUCUCCCCUACAGAGCUCUACCUGGUGGCCUGUCGUCUGACGGCCGUGAUCCCCUGCUCCUACGUCCUCCGUCAGCUAGCCUCCACCACCCUGGACCUCAACCAGCAGGGCACCCUGGACCUCAACCAUCAUGGCCUGGGACCGCUGGGUGCUAAAGCCCUGGCCAUCACCCUCCUGGUGAGUAGUAUGAACCACCCACCAUGGGGUUGAGAUAGAAAGAGGGGGAAACUGUCUUUUAAUUUUCUCCUUUUUGAGGAGAUUGAUACUUUCAAGCCUAGGCCUCAAAAAUACUUGACAUACAGUACCAGUCAAAAGUUUGGAGAAUGCCAAGAGUGUGCAAAGCUGUCAUCAAGGCAAAGGGUGGCUAUUUGAAGAAUCUCAAAUAUAAAAUACAUGUUUUAUUUGUUUAACAUUUUUUUGCUUACUACAUGAUUCCAUAUGUGUUAUUUCAUAGUUCUGAUGUCUUCACUAUUAUUCUACAAUGUAAAAAAAAAUGUAAAAAAGAAAGAAAGAAAAACCCUGGAAUGAGUAGGUGUGUCCAAAAUUUUGACUGGUAGUGUAUAUCGACUAUCUAUCUGUAUAGCAGGCUGGCGCCAUAGGGUUGUCAGGUUGGUGCUACAGAGAUCUCUUGUUACGCUCAUGGAGGGGUGGUGGUAUGUUGACUGUAGGUCCAUAGGUUGUGUCUGUGUGUGUUGCCGUAUAGAGCGACGUGCAGAUCAGUAACCUGGAGCUGAAGGACAACCACCUUCUGGCUGAGGGGAUUGGCUACCUCAUGGAGAUGCUCAAGGAGAACUUUACUAUCCAGAGUCUAGUACGUAUAGAAAAGUAUUAAGAGAAUAGUGUUAAAGAAUAGUAUUAUAGAAUAGUAUUACAUGGAUAUCUUUAUGGGUACGCUACACUGGCUGAGGGGACAUGGAGAUUCUCAAGGAAAACCUCUACACAAACAUUGGUUUCCACCAGAGCCAUAUAUCUAGGGAGUUAGGACAUUGAGCUUUCUGCAUUAUGAUGCAUUUACAUGGCACUACAUUCCAUGGCAGCCAUGUUAGCUCUAUAGAAAUAUAACUAAUGUAUUAUAUUUCUAUGGUUAGCUCCCCAUGGGCAAUAUUGACCAAUAGCAGUUCACUGAAUUUUAUGAUUUUUAAACAAUGCUAUGUACAAGACUUCAAAUUCUCAUCAUGAAUGGAUAAAUUGAAUGCUCAAAGGCGCUAACAUGGCAUCCAUUCUAAAAAGUUGGCCCAAUUCUCUAUAACAACCCUGUUCCUGGAGAGCUAUCCUCCUGUAGGUUUUCGCUCCAACCCCAGGUGUUACUAACCAGAUUCAUCUUAUCAACCUGCUAAUUAUUAGAAUCAGGUGUGCUAGAUUAGAGUUGGAGCGAAAACCUACAGGAGGGUAGCUCUCCAGGAACAGGGUUGGAAUUAAAACCUACAGGACGGUAGCUCUCCAGGAACAGGGUUGUAGUUAAAACCUACAGGAGGGUAGCUCUCCAGGAACAGGGUUGGAGUUAAAACCUACAGGAGGGUAGCUCUCCAGGAACAGGGUUGGAAUUAAAACCUACAGGAGGGUAGCUCUCCAGGAACAGGGUUGGAGUUAAAACCUACAGGAGGGUAGCUCUCCAGGAACAGGGUUGGAAUUAAAACCUACAGGAGGGUAGCUCUCCAGGAACAGGGUUGGAGUUAAAACCUACAGGAGGGUAGCUCUCCAGGAACAGGGUUGGAGUGAAAACCUACAGGAGGGUAGCUCUCCAGGAACAGGGUUGGAAUUAAAACCUACAGGAGGGUAGCUCUCCAGGAACAGGGUUGGAGUUAAAACCUACAGGAGGGUAGCUCUCCAGGAACAGGGUUGGAAUUAAAACCUACAGGAGGGUAGCUCUCCAGGAACAGGGUUGGAAUUAAAACCUACAGGAGGGUAGCUCUCCAGGAACAGGGUUGGAAUUAAAACCUACAGGACAGUAGCUCUCCGGGAACAGGGUUGGAGUUAAAAUCUACAGGAGGGUAGCUCUCCAGGAACAGGGUUGGAAUUAAAACCUACAGGAGGGUAGCUCUCCAGGAACAGGGUUGGAAUUAAAACCUACAGGAGGGUAGCUCUCCAGGAACAGGGUUGGAAUUAAAACCUACAGGAGGGUAGCUCUCCAGGAACAGGGUUGGAAUUAAAACCUACAGGACGGUAGCUCUCCAGGAACAGGGUUGGAGUUAAAACCUACAGGACGGUAGCUCUCCAGGAACAGGGUUGGAAUUAAAACCUACAGGAUGGUAGCUCUCCAGGAACAGGGUUGGAAUUAAAACCUACAGGAGGGUAGCUCUCCAGGAACAGGGUUGGAAUUAAAACCUACAGGAGGGUAGCUCUCCAGGAACAGGGUUGGAAUUAAAACCUACAGGAGGGUAGCUCUCCGGGAACAGGGUUGGAGUUAAAACCUACAGGAGGGUAGCUCUCCAGGAACAGGGUUGGAAUUAAAACCUACAGGAGGGUAGCUCUCCAGGAACAGGGUUGGAAUUAAAACCUACAGGAGGGUAGCUCUCCGGGAACAGGGUUGAAAUUAAAACCUACAGGAGGGUAGCUCUCCAGGAACAGGGUUGGGAAGUCCUGCUCUAUAUACACUAUAUAUAUAAAAGUAUGUGGACACCCCUUCAACUUAGUGGAUUCUGCUAUUUCAUCCGCAUCCAUUGCUGAUAGGUGUAUAAAAUCGAGCCCACAGCCAUGCAAUCUCCAUAGACAAACACUGGCAGUAGAAUGGCCUUACUGAAGAGCUCAGUGACUUUCAAUGUGGCACCGUCAUAGGAUGCCACCUUUCCAACAAGUUCACAUUUCUGCCCUGCUAUAGCAGCCCCGGUCAACUGUAAGUGCUGUUAUUGUGAAGUGGAAACGUCUAGGAGCAACAACGGCUCAGCCGCGAAGUGGCCUCUGUAGCUCAAUUGGUAGAGCAUGGCGCUUGUAACGUCAGGGUAGUGGGUUUGAUCCCCGGGACCACCCAUACGUAAAAAUUUAUGCACACAUGAUUGUAAGUCGCUUUGGAUAAAAGCGUCUGCUAAAUGGCAUAUUAUAUUAUUAUUAUAUUAUGGUAGGCCACACAAGCUCACAGAACGGGACAGCCAAGUGCUGAAGCGCAUAGUGUGUAAAAAUCGUCUGUCCUCUGUUGGAACACUCCACUACCGAGUUCCAAACUGCCUCUGGAAGCAACAUAAGCACAAUAAAUGUUAGUUGGCAGCUUCAUGAAAUGGGUUUCCAUGGCCAAGCAGCCUCACACAAGCCUAAGAUCACCAUGUGCAAUGCCAAGCGUCGGCUGGAGUGGUGUAAAGCUCGCCGCCAUUGGACUCUGGAGCAGUGGAAACGCGUUCUCUGGAGUGAUGAAACACGCUUCACCAUCUGGCAGUCUGACGGACUAAUCUGGGUUUGGCGGAUGCCAGGAGAACGAUACCUGCCACAAUGUAUAGUGCCAACUGUAAAGUUUGGUGGAGAAGGAAUAAUGGUCUGGGGCUGUUUUUUGUGGUUCGGGCUAGGCCCCUUAGUUCCAGUGAAGGGAAAUCUUAACGCUACAGUAGACAAUGACAUUCUAGACGAUUCUGUGAUUCCAACUUUGUGGCAACAGUUUGGGGAAGGCCCCUUUCCUGUUUCAGCAUGACAAUGCCCCCUGUGCACAAAGAGAGGUCCAUACAGAAAUGUUUUGUCGAGAUCGGUGUGGAAGAACUUGACUGACCGGCACAGAGCCCUGACCUCAACCCCAUCGAACACCUUUGGGAUGAAUUGGAACGCCGACUGCGAGCCAGGCCUAAUCGCCCAACAUCAGUGCCUGACCUCACUAAUGGUCUUGUGGCUGAAUGGAAGCAAGUCCCUGCAGCAAUGUUCCAACAUCUAGUGGAAAGCCUUCCCAGAAGAGGGGAGGCUGUUAUAGCAGCAAAGGGAGGGGGGGACCAACUCCAUAUUAAUGCCCAUGAUUUUGGAAUGAGAUGUUCGACGAGCAGGUGUCCACAUACUUUUGGUCAUGGAUUGCAGUAGUUCCCAAUCUUUUUUGGGGGUACUGUACCCCUAAAACUAUUUGACCUGCCUGAUGUACCCACUCAUGCGCGUGCGACCGGCGUGAUUCCUAGAUUAGGUGUAAAUUUGACCAAAAUGUGGUUUACGCACCCAGUCAAGUUUGGCAGACUUGUUUUCAAUGUCAGGGAAGUAGGAGUUGAACUCACUGUUGAGUUUGGAUAAAUGUGAGCUUACUAUUUGCACCAUAGGAUCACCUGUAAAAAGUUAAAUGUCAAGCUGCUGGAAACAACUUAUUUCCCCAUCUUCACAUUUCCUCUCCCCAUAGUUUGAUCUUCUUCAUGAAUCCACACACGUUGUCAUACAUGUUUAGAAUGAGUGUGUCUUUACCUUGCAGAGUUAGAUUCAGGUUGUUCAGUUUGCUGAACACAUCAUCAGAAAGAUAGGCACGGCGGGCUCCCCAGUCUGUCCUCCAACACAGCCACAAGGGGGCGUGAGUGCUCAGACAGAAAAUCACUUACGCAGCUCAAAAACCCUCUAGCGUUUUCCCUCUGGAUAGCCAACGGACGUCGGUGUGAAUCAAUGAAAUGUAUUUAUAAAGCCCCUUUUACAUCAGCACAUGUCACAAAGUGAAGCAGCAGCUGCUGGUGCUGUCCCACUGUCAUCAUAGAGCCUUUCAAACAGUAGGUGAUUCAGAGGCCUGGACAUUAUAAAGGUAAUUACUGUCACUGCGUCAUUCAAAACAUAAUGUAUCUCAGGACUCAUUAUCUUGCUGGCCAAUGCCUCUCUGUGAAUGAUACAGUGGAAUUGACCGUCUUUAUGUGGUAAAUUACUCAUUUCACUCUCCCAGGCAUUGAUGCAGCACGAUCCGUGCACACAGGAUUUCCAACCGUCAAUAACGUGAAACACAUCCUCAACUAUAGUUCUCCCAGUUAGCUUCUUGCAGAACAUAAUGUGCUCAUACAUUUCCGAAAUGUCUCUGUAUCGCAACAAACGUAAUCAACUGGGCUUUCCCACUGACAUCAGUGGAUUCGUCCAACUGCAGAGAAAAUGGACCAGAAUUAUUAUUUUUUUCACCAAUUGAUCAACAAUAUAAACGCCCAUGUCAUCAGUCCUACGGUACACCGUGUUGUUUGACAAUGGUACAGUCUUCAGUGAAUCAGCUACUGGUUUAUCAUGAAUCGUUUCUGUGAGGAUGACAGCUGCAGGCACUCUAGCGCGCGGAGCAAACUAUCAAACAUUGAGCCAACCCGCUGGCGGGCAGAGGCCAGGGAAGUCCAAAAAGUUUCCCUAUAAAUAUACAAUAACUACAGACUUCACACCAGUGACCUCAAUAAAUGUUUUCCUGCCUAUUAAAAUUGAAAUAAAUUGAAUAUAUAUUUUUGGGUAAUAUUUUUCCCAAGAUUUUUUUCUUCAUAUUUUUGAAAAUCUUCCCACGUACCACCUGGGGACUGCCCACAUACCCCUAGGGGCAGGCGUACCCCCUGUUGGGAAACACUGAUGUAGUUUAUAUGGCUCUGGUUUCUACCAGUGUUAUAUAAUUUCCUCCACCAGAGGGUGACACAGGGUAGGUUCCUAAUGCCAGAGUCAUAUUAACAGAGCAAGGUUAUUAUAGUUUUGUGAUUUUCUAUUCGUUUUUAUUCUUCGUUUUUAGAUUUUUAUUAGAAAUUCAGUUUAGUUUCAGUUAGUUUUCAGAAUUGAUUUACUAGUUUUUACUUAGUUUCAGUUUUAUAAAAACAUUUCUAUUUUUUUUAAGAUUAUUUACCUUCAGUUUUAGUUUUAGUUUUAGUUCAUGGAUGGGAGGCUAGGAGCCAUGUACAGAAUGUGUUGUAGACCUAUAGCAGGGGUACUGCAGAACUAUUUAUUAAUGUGUUGUAGACCUAUAGCAGGGGUAUUGCAGUACUAUUUAUUAAUGUGUUGUAGACCUAUAGCAGGGGUACUGCAGAACUAUUUAUUAAUGUGUUGUAGACCUAUAGCAGGGGUAUUGCAGUACUAUUUAUUAAUGUGUUGUAGACCUAUAGCAGGGGUACUGCAGUACUAUUUAUUAAUGUGUUGUAGACCUAUAGCAGGGGUAUUGCAGUACUAUUUAUUAAUGUGUUGUAGACCUAUAGCAGGGUUAUUGCAGUACUAUUUAUUAAUGUGUUGUAGACCUAUAGCAGGGUUAUUGCAGUACUAUUUAUUAAUGUGUUGUAGACCUAUAGCAGGGGUACUGCAGUACUAUUUAUUAAUGUGUUGUAGACCUAUAGCAGGGGUAUUGCAGUACUAUUUAUUAAUGUGUUGUAGACCUAUAGCAGGGGUACUCCAGUACUAUUUAUUAAUGUGUUGUAGACCUAUAGCAGGGGUAAUGCAGUACUUUUUGAGACGGUCCAGAUGGAUAUUGUCAUUUAUCGGCGUAGUAACAAACCCCCACCUCGCAACCCAAACUGUUCAAACUGAUCACACCCUUCUUGUUGGCAGAGAGAAAAAUGUGCCAUUUUAAAGCUCAUUUUCUGCCAUUCUACACGUUAUGCCAUCGAGCGAGGAGAAAAUGUAGCAGUUAUAAAUCUAAUUUACUGUAAUUCUAUGAGUUUUCCACGUCUUAUGUGUGUUCACAUGACACCAGGAGUCGAAUCCUGACCGAAUUCAAAAAAUAUAAUAAUAGCGGUCUCACUUUGUCUUUAUGCUGAAAUUCUUUGCGGGUGCUGUUGAGAUGAACUUUGAGGUUGGUUUGGUUUUUCACCUUUUAUCUCUGUUCCACACAGGCUGCCCUCUUCUACCUCUACAAUACAUUUGAUUUUGUCCUUUCCAGCAAUGUACUCAAAGUAAUCCCAUAUGGGGCUUUGCCUUUAGCGACCAACCACUGCUGGCGUUGGGUUUGCUGACGCCAUUGUUCUCGCCUAUGGUUCACGUUCAAAAUGGUUCUAUCUUAGAAAAAAAGGGUUCCAAUAGGGUUCUUUGGCUGUCCCCAUAGGAGAACCCAUUUUGUUUCCACGUAGAACCCUUUUUGGUUCCAGAUAGAACCAUUUUGGGUUCCAUGUAGAACCCUCUGUGGAAAAGGUUCUACAUUGAAGCCAAAAAGGUUCUACUUGGAACCAAAAAUGGUUAUUCAAAGGGUUAUCCUACGGGGACAGCCGAAGAAACUUUUUAGGUUCUAGAUAGCACCUUUUUUUUUCUAAGAGUGUAGCUAGGUUUCCAUCCAUGUGACCCUUCGCUAAGCCCCGCCCCCCUUGGUUAAUACGUUGCAACCUCAGACCAACAUUUUCUGGGAAGCCCAAUUCCCCAUGCAACCAGUGGCGAAAUCCCCUCACAAUGAUCUCAAACUAUGUUUCAAAUACACAAUUAAAUUAAACACAGACUUCCCCUAAUCAGGAGACUAUUGAGUAUGUUGUGGUGAACUGUCAUUACAAUUGCUUCACGGGAACCUGGUCAAAUUAUGUUUGUAGUGUGGCUAGCCACUGAAUUCACUGCCAGCAUGCAGCCAAAGCUAUAACCACUUUUGGAGCUAACUAGUCCUCUCAAAUCGUAUCCUGAUGUCGACAGCAGAUGGGAGUUGAAUUCAUAACAUUGCUAACUUAGCUAGUGUUGAUAAUCACAAGUUUACUGGAGAACUGAGACCAAGUAGAGACUUUGGACAGGGUGGAUAUGGUAUAAUAAAGGCAGUUUAUUCAGAGGUAAAGAUAUCUGGAAAAGCGUGCACGGACUCGUUCGUCAAACUCGUAGGGAGCUAUCUGAAGAGAGCCCCGAAACAUUGUGUGCAGACAUUUUAUGCAAUAAAUGAUGUAGGUUGAAUCUAGUAGUUCUGAUCUUCUGAUUGGUCCUGAUGAGUUGGGCGAGGUCCCCUCCAGGCUAGUGUCACUGUUGCAUUGGCUCUGAGUAGAGUUCUCUGUCUUCAAAUGUUCAGCCUAAAAGAGGGGAUUUUGUGUGUGUGUGUGUGUGUGUGUGUUAACAGUGAUGAUGUGUGUGUGUGUGUGUGUGUGUGUGUGUGUGUGUUAACAGUGAUGAUGUGUGUGUGUGUGUGUGUGUAUGUCUCAAGGGAAACUCGUGGGGAGCAACAGUGAUUGUGGCCUGUGGCGUGGGUGUUGUCCUUGACAAGAUAUGGUCCUCUGUCCAUUGUUCUUGCAUAGGAACAGCAUUGAUUGAAAACAAGCUCCUAACACAAAAUGGGUCUUGCACAACAUUUUAGUCAGACCAAGCUAUAACAUUUUAUAUUUACUACGACACUAGCUAACAUGCAUUUUGAGAAAACAAGUUAUAUUAAGUGGCUCGCUAGCUAGCGUUAGCAGCGUUUGGUGGUCAAUGAGACUGAGAGCUAGUUAACCAGCUGAGCUAGCAAACAAUGUAAACAAAAGCAUAAUUUCGGAUUCGAAAAAUACUCCAUCAAACAGGCUUUGCAUUUCAGGAAUCACAGUAGCAAGUACUCCAGGUGCACUGUUAAAUUAUUUAGCCAUUUAAAAUAUCAGUUGUUGCCAUAGCCCUCAUUGGCUUUCAUGCCAUUUAAACGUGAGCUUGUCCGGAGUGUCGGACUCGAUUACAGUUUCUAUCCAUUGGAGCGCUGCGAUUCGAUAACCAAAAUUCUGGGGCGGGGCUUAGCGAAGGGUCAACAGAUGCCGUAAAGAGGUCAACAGAUGCCGUAAAGAGGUCAACCGAACUCGACCAAAACAAUGGAAUUGCCAUGGAAACGUGUGGGGGAAAGGGCUGUGGGGCAAAGAUCCCGAGUCGUCUCAUUGCCCCCUAACAAAAUUAGCAUACAUUUAGGCUAUUGUUUAUAUGUGUAUUUCACACUAUGUUGAGGUAAAAAUCGGAGUAUAAUGCUUGUAUGGAUGUCAACCCCAACACAUGUUCAUGUCAUCGUUACCAAUCAACUGCAUUACAGUAAAAAAAUGACUUUGACUACCACCACCGAUUUCUGUAUGCUAGCUAUGCUAACCAGUUUAUAUGAAAGGGAGUUAGAAUUUAGCAGUCACUUCUUCUAAGCCUGAAAAGGGACAACUUGCGCAUGUUAUGCAGCGAAAACAGUCAAAUAUAUCAAAAUCAUACUUUAGUAAUAACAGCGUAGGCCUGUUGCAAAACAUAAAUCAUGACGUAUUUCACCAACAUCUGCUUUGUUAGAUCAAACUUGUUGAAUGUGUGAAAAUCUGGUCAAUGGAAUGUCUGCGUCUAUUGACUCCUUUACCGCAUCCAUUGGCGACAGAUUUUCAUGCAAAUAUUCUAAAAUCCGCAUAAAGAAAAUAUGGGCAUUUUGCCACCAAUGGUGUGUUUCCACCAAACUGACUUUUUGCAGAUAAAAAGUGUGCGAUGACAUAGUGCACAUAAAAUAAAAAUCUAAAGUUAAUGUGUUUCCAUCGCAUUUUCAACUCCACCAAUAUUUUUUUAAACAAAAACUAUUGUGUUAAAUGGCAAAUGUUCCUACUCUGGCCUAACCAACAGCUCGCAAAAACAAUACCGGAAGUCUGUGGGGGUAGGCUAGUCUACAAUGAGAUUAUUAUUAUUUGUCAAUCAGCAGUCACGCAUCGAUCAUCAUGUCACCAGAAUAAGACCCUCAAUAUUUAUUGGAAAGGAGCAUCAAGCUCACUGUGCACUUUCACCACCCUGUGAAGUUAAUCAAUACUUAUUUAAUCUGUAGCCUAAUAAACUGCAAGGUUUCCCGAGUCAUAGUGGGAGGACCACACACCGUAUCAUCGAGUGACUCCAAGUUUACUUCGGUAUGAUGGUUAUUAUAUUAAUAUUUGCACAUAAUUGCGAAAAGUCACUUGGAGUCACUCGAUGAAACGGUGUGUGGUCCUCCCACUACGACUUGGCCUUUAUAAAAUUGUACUGAAACUUCCUGUUUCCAGAUUUUUUAAAAAUAUGGUAUGACUUUACUCGCAUAAAAAAUGUAGAUGGAAACAUGGUUACAAGCUAGGCCUAUUUGAAACAUUGCCAUCUACUGGCAGCAUUUAUCAGACAGAUUCAAAAGCUCGAAAACCCCAAUAGAUUUGUGCCCCAAUUUUCUUUUACAAUAAAACAUAAUUUGUUUAUUUUAUUUUAUUUGAGCUCGUUUUGCAGUCAAAGCUACUAGUUUCAUUAUAGUUUUAGUUUUUCAAAUGUUUUUCCUAAUUAUUUUAUUUUACUAAAUAGUUUUUCCAAUUUUAGUUUCAGUUUUCGUUUACUAUAAUAACCAUCUUACAGAGUAUUACAUGUGGCUCUGGUUUAUGCUUCAAACAACGGCCCAAUCCCCAAAUCGACCGAUCUGGUGGUCCUCUGUAGCUCAGCUGGUAGAGCACGGCACUUGUAGCACCAAGGCAGUGGGUUCAAUCCCCGGGACCACCCAUACACAAAACAUUUAUGCACGCAUGACUGUAAGUCGCUUUGGAUAAAAGCGUCUGCUAAAUGGCAUAUUAUUAUUAUUAUUAUCUGUAGUGGUUGAUAGGAUAUGUGUCUGUUCCAGAACCUCUCCAACAACCACCUCCAGUCAGCAGGGUCUGACAGCGUCUGUAAAAUGCUGUUGGACAAUGUCACCAUCAAAUCAAUCAACCUAUCAGGUGCUGUAUAGUUGUAUUUAUGGCCUACUGUAUACACACACUGAAUCAUUGUCUAUGUAAAUGUUAAAGUUGUUGCUCCUUCUUUUCUUAACCAGGAAAUGGGUUCAUCGAUGCUGAUGCCAGAAGUCUGGCUGACGCUCUGGCAGUAAGUCCCAAGCUAUUUAUUCUUUAUAUUUCUGUCAGGAAUCACUAUCAGGGCGUUUCAAACAAUACACACCAAGAGCUACUGUAUAAAUCUGGUAAUGGAAUCCUCCAACCAGGAUUUUUUUUUAAAAAAAAAAACAGGGAAUUUUGGGAAAGUUAGGAGAUUUGUGCAAACCUGUGACUCUUCCCCCUCCAACAGAACAACUACAGGCUGAAAGACCUGGACCUGAGUCACAACCAGUUCUGUGACAUGGGAGGAGAACACCUGGGACAGAUGCUAGGUAAGACAGUGGAUGUGGCUGUAUUGCAUUAGUGGAAACCAAGACUGUCCUCAGGGCAGGUUUACUAGCAGAAGUGACUUUUCGUAGCAGGUUAGGAGAACUUAAGCAGCAGAUUAAGAGAAUUAACGUAGCGGGUUAGGAUAAUUAGUUUAAGGUUAGGAAAAUGGUUAGGGUUCGCUAAAAUGCUACAAUUGUCAACGACGCGACGCAAACAUAUCUAGCUACAACCAGGCCUGCCCUGAGAACAGUCUUGGUUUCCACUAAUGCGAUGCUGUGUGGACGUGUCUCGGUCAAAUGGCACCCUAUUCCCUAUUUUAUUUGUACUACGUUUGACGAGGGUCCAUAGGGCUCUGUUCAAAAGUAGUGCACUAGAUAGAGAAUAGGGUUGUAUUUAGGACGCAUGGGGGAGUGUUACUCCCAUUACAAGUCCAGAGGGACACCUGUGAAUGCAGGUUUCCUCUCCAUACUUCUGAUCAACAGCAAUCAUUCUGGUAAUUGAUGAAUGUGAAAUCUCUUCACUUUGGCCUGGACCAAUUGUAAAUUCCCUUGUUUCAACUGAUUUGUUGAUUGGCCAAUGGUUAUCUGUCCUCUCAGCCAAUAACGAGGGCCUGGAGAUGCUGGACCUGAGCUGGAACCAUUUGAGGAUGAGUGGAGCCGUGACACUGUGUGCUGGACUAAAGGUAUUCUUAGUAUUAUCUGGCUAAAAGUUAUAGAAACACUAACCAGUAUCCUCCGCUGUCCACUCCUCUUCUGUGCCACAAUCUCCUCCCCUCCCCUAUCCACCCUCCUCUCCCAUCCUCCUCUCCCACCCUCCUCUCCUCCUCUCCCAUCCUACUCUCUCAAUAUCCUCCCCUUCACUCCCACCCUCCUCUCUCCCCUAUCCUUUCUACCAUUGAUACCCACCUCCUCUCCCACCCUCCUGUCCUCCUCUCCACACUCCUCUACUCCUCUCCCAUCCUCCUGUCCCACCCUCCUGUCCUCCUCUCCACCCUCCUCUACUCCUCUCCCACCCUCCUCUCACACCCUCCUCUCCCAAACAGCUAAAUCCUCAGUUACCCAACCGUGAAUUUUCUGGGCCCAUCCAAUAUAUCAAUCCUACUGCUCAUGCCAGUUAUAUCAUGUAACAGGUAAUAUCAUGCCAGUUAUAUCAUGUAACAGGUAAUAUCAUGUAACAGGUAAUAUCACCAGCUGUUCCGGAUGACUAUGUGAUCACGCUCUCCGUAGCCGAUGUGAGUAAGAAUUUUAAGCAGGUCAACAUUCACAAGGCUGCAGGGCCAGACGGAUUACCAGGACGUGUACUCAGAGCAUGUGCUGACCAACUGGCAAGUGUCUUUACUGACAUUUUCAACAUGUCCCUGACUGAGUCUGUAAUACCAACAUGUUUCAAGCAGACCACCAUAGUCCCUGUGCCCAAGGACACUAAGAUAACCUGCCUAAAUGACUACCGACCCGUAGCACUGACGUCUGUAGCCAUGAAGUGCUUUGAAAGGCUGGUCAUGGCUCACAUCAACACCAUUAUCCCAGAAACCCUAGACCCACUCCAAUUUGCAUACAGCCCCAACAGAUCCACAGAUGAUGCAAUCUCUAUUGCACUCCACACUGCCCUUUCCCACCUGGACAAGAGGAACACCUACGUGAGAAUGCUGUUCAUUGACUACAGCUCAGCGUUCAACACCAUAGUGCCCUCAAAGCUCAUCACUAAGCUAAGGAUCCUGGGACUAAACACCUCCCUCUGCAACUGGAUCCUGGACUUCCUGACGGGCCGCCCCCAGGUGGUAAGCGUAGGUAACAACACAUCUGCCACGCUGAUCCUCAACACAGGGGCCCCUCAGGGGUGCGUGCUCAGUCCCCUCCUGUACUCCCUGUUCACCCAUGACUGCAUGGCCAGGCACGACUCCAACACCAUCAUUAAGUUUGCUGACGACACAACAGUGGUAGGCCUGAUCACCGACAACGAUGAGACAGCCUAUAGGGAGGAGGUUCGAGACCUGGCCGUGUGGUGCCAGGAUAACAACCUCUCCCUCAAUGUGAUCAAGACAAAGGAGAUGAUUGUGGACUACAGGAAAAAAAAGAGGACUGAGCACGCCCCCAUUCUCAUCGAUGGGGCUGUAGUGGAACAGGUUGAGAGCUUCAAGUUCCUUGGUGUCCACAUCACCAACGAACUAUCAUGGUCCAAACACACCAAGACAGUCGUGAAGAAGGCACGACAAAGCCUAUUCCCCCUCAGGAGACUGAAAAGAUUUUGGCCUGGGUCCUCAGAUCCUCAAAGAGUUAUACAGCUGCACCAUCGAGAGUAUCCUGACUGGUUGCAUCAGCGCCUGGUAUGGCAACUGCUCAGCCUCCGACCGCAAGGCACUACAGAGGGUAGUGCGUACGGCCCAGUACAUCACUGGGGCUAAGCUUCCUGCCAUCCAGGUCCUCUAUACCAGGCGGUGUCAGAGGAAGGCCCUCAAAAUUGUCAAAGACUCCAGCCACCCUAGUCAUAGACUGUUCUCUCUGCUACCGCACAGCAAGCGGUACCGGAGCGCCAAGUCUAGGUCCAAAAGGCUUCUCAACAGCUUCUACCCCCAAGCCAUAAGACUCCUGAACAGCUAAUCAUUGCUACCCGGACUAUUUGCACUGCCCCCCACCCCACCCCACCCCCCUCUUUUACGCUGCUGCUACUCUGUCUAUUAUUUAUGCAUAGUCACUUUAACUCUACACACAUGUACAUAUUACUUCAACUACCUCAACUAGCCGGUGCCCCCGCACAUUGACUCUGUACCGGUACCCCCCUGUAUAUAGCCUCCCUACUGUUAUUUUAUUUUACUGCUGCUCUUUAGUUAUUUGCUUUUAUUUUUUUAACUUAACACUUUUUUAAAAAAUCUUUAAAAAAUGCAUUGUUGGUUAAGGGCUUGUCAGUAAGCAUUUCACUGUAAUGUCUACACCUGUUGUAUUCGGCGCAUGUGGCAAAUACAAUUUGAUUUGAUUUGAUUUGAUGUAACAGGUAACAUCAUGCCAGUUAUAUCAUGUAACAGGUAAUAUCAUGCCAGUUAUAUCAUGUAACAGGUAAUAUUAUGUAACAGGUAAUAUCAUGUAACAGGUGAUAUCAUAUAACAGGUGAUAUCAUGUAGCAGGUAAUAUCAUGCCAGUAAUAUCAUGUAACAGGUGAUAUCAUGUAACCGGAGAUAUCAUGUAACAGGUAAUAUCAUGUAACAGGUAAUAUCAUGCCAGUUACAUCAUGUAACAGGUAAUGUCAUGCCAGUUAUAUCAUGUAACAGGUUAUAUCAUGUACAGGUAAUAUCAUGCCAGUAAUAUCAUGUAACAGGUGAUAUCAUGUAACCGGAGAUAUCAUGUAACAGGUAAUAUCAUGCCAGUUACAUCAUGUAACCGGUAAUAUUAUGUAACAGGUAAUGUCAAGCCAGUUAUAUCAUGUAACAGGUUAUAUCAUGUACAGGUAAUAUCAUGCCAGUAAUAUCAUGUAACAGGUAAUAUCAUGCCAGUAAGCUGAUUCCACAGCUAGAAAUGUUGCUUAUGGCUGACAAAUUGGUCGGUGGCGCAACUGGUUAGUACGUUGUCCAGCAAUGCGGUCACGUGUGUUGUGUUGGCGAGGUAGAGGACUUGAGAUCAAGUACCGGCAAGGAUUUGUGAGCGAGCUAUACUUCUGAGGAGCACAUUAGGCAGGUUUCCAUUGACCCAGGUUUAUUCGACAAAAGCAAUGUCGCAAAAAAAUAUCUUUGAGACACGUGUAAUGGAAACGGCAGAUAUAGGAGACAUUUUCUAAAGAUCAACAGCAUUUGUAUUCGUUCGACAAGGGUGUCUUUUUUGUUCACACUUUAUAUGGAUAGUCCGGAUUUUCCAUCUGUAGAUGCUAUACAGAUGAUCAUACUAUCAACAAACUAUCUGUUGAUAAGCAACUGCAUGCUAAGGUUUAUUUGCAGGACAAGAAUUGUCCUGACUUUCAAGAAUGCCUGAAUCGCUUCGCGUUGCCUUUCUGGUUGGCUGGAUGCAAGUUUCACCAUCCAAAUUAUGUCAGAUCUAGCAGCCUGGUCUCAUAGACUAGACGUAACAUAGUAUACAUAAGUCUGAGAAGCUCAAAUAGUAUGACAUGUUACGUUUGGUAUGGUUACAUAAGACAGAUGGCUACUUAAAGCAAAAACAAAAGUAGGGUGGUCGGUCGUAUAACACGAAUGUCUAGCAACCCAAAGGUUGCAAGUUCGAAUCUCAUUACGGACAACUUUAGCAUUUUAGCUAAUAACCAACUUUUCAACUACUUACAACUUUUUAGCUAGUUUGCAACUACUUGACAUGUUAGCUAACCCUUCCCCUACUCUUAACCAUUUUAGCUAACCCUUCCCCUAACCUUAACCUUAAGCCUUUAACAUAACUCCUAAACUUAACCCUAAGUUUAACCGUAACCCCUAACCCUAACCUCUAGCCUGGCUAACUUUAGCCAGCUAGCUAAUGUCAGCCACCUAGCUAAAAUUCAUAACAUAUCAUACGUUUUGCAAAUCCGUAACAUAUUGCACGUUUUGUAAAUUCGUAACAUAUAAUACAAAAUGGACAUCCACAAAUUAAUACAUACCAUACGAAACGUAAACAUAUCAUACUAAAUUAAUUGUCACCGGAUUUACAUACAUAAUAAUACAAAAUGCUCUGAGACCAGGUUGCAGCUAUGCUACAGAAGUGCUAGUUUCACUAUGGCACGGACCGCGGCGAUGCCACAUGAUAAUUAUUAGAACAUGGCAAAUAUUUGUCAAUUAUUUAUUGCAUUCUAUCCAUGCUGGUUUUCGUGGCCUACCUGAGACAUGAAACAGAUAGGUUGGAGGGCAAACAGGCUGUCGCCAAUUUAUAAAUGGACAAUGGAAACACUUCAACCACUUCAUUUUUAUUCGACACUGUAGGUUUUUGCAAAGGUGUGACAUCGUUACGUCCAUCGUUUUUUAUCGACACGAGAUAGUUAAAUGGAAACUAACCGUAGAAGGCAAUUGUCGCAUCAAAGUUUUCACAUCCCAGAUCUCAGAACUGUUUUGUAGUGAAUUAUUCUUUCAUUAUCCCUUUAAGGUCCACCUUACAUGUACCUAAAGUGCAGAGUAUCAAAAUCCUAACGUUUAUAAAUCCGUUUUUUUUAGGGGGUGCAAUCGCAGAUAGAACCUUAUGGCUCUGAAAUGUCAAUCUUGGUUCUGCCAUAAGGUCUAGCUGGCACAGAAUGUUAAAAUAAUUUCAAUUUCAAUAGAAAGUACAGACAUUUAAUGAUUAAAUAAAGAUAAUACCCUUCCUUCUUUCUAUUCACGUCAUCAAAUAAAUUAAUUAAUGUUCAUCACACACUUGUUAAAGUGAUAGUUCCCUAAAAUGACAAAUACAUUAUAUCCUAUGGAUAACUAGCAACAUUGCUAAAGCUUAGCUCUGGAUGAGUAAACUGAUAUAUUUUCUGAUCUCUGACACCCAAAGUCAGUAAACUACUUUUAGUUAUCAAUAAAGCUUACGUUUGCAAUUUUGAAAAAAAGCUUCGCAAAGAUUUCAUUGUUAAGAAUAAAAGACAAAAACCAAGACUAAGGCUAACAUGCUUAGGCAUUAUAAGUUUUCUCAAAAGAGUUACGUUUGGCAUCUUGAGUAAUUCAAAGUGUCAAAAUCUAAGAAUUGAAAUGGUGACCUUUAUGAUAUAAUCCGGACGUGGGAUUACAUUACUAUUAUUUCUGAUUGAUAACCCAGAUUGUGUAUUGUUGCAUCCAAUCCAAACUUUAGACAAUGUUGGUUGUUUGAGCAUAGAACUUUCAAUUUUAUUUUUUCGAUAUGACAAACCAAUAAAAUGAUAAUGACUUGGAUAUCAAUCUAAGGACCAACUAAAGAGCAACUCUACAUGAUACAUUAUUGAUAAACCUAUAUUCAAACAAAGUCGACAAAAAUACUGAAGUAUCUCAAUGUAAGGCAACCUAAGACAACCUACAUGAAUACACAUAAUGAACCAAAUGUCAGAUAGACUUAUAGUCAAGGUUCAUCGAAAUGUCACAGAAUCACUGUGAAUCAAUCAAAUUGUUUGUCCAUCCGAAACGUGUUUUGAUGUUUGUGUCUGCUGUUUGAAGACUCACAAUCCUAAACAACUACCUUACAUACUAUAUAUUCUGAUUGACACCCAGUUAGAAUGAUUAGGAUUGCAGAUAAGGGACCUACAGAGCACCAAGUUAAAAAGUGUAUUGUACAUGAUAGUAACUUUCAGAUGUAAUUUUUUUCCAGUCGCUUAAUUCCAGCAAUAAAAAAUCUUACGAAUAUCUCCAUUAAAGGACAACUAACCGAGCAACUCUACAUGGAUAACACAUUCUAAUUAGAUAAACUUAUAUUCUCAAGGCACAAUGCGACAAAAAUCACUGAAUCAAUCAAAUAUAUAGUAUUAGUCAGCGCGGCGAAGGCAGGCAAUGCAAAUAGUCUGGGUAGCCAUUUGAUUAGAUGUUCAGGAGUCUUAUGGCUUGGGGGUAGAAGCUGUUUAGAAGACUCUUGGACCUAGACUUGGUGCUCCGGUACUGCUUGCAAUGCGGUAGUAGAGAGAACAGUCUUUGACAAUUUUUAGGGCCUUCCUCUGACACCGCCUGGUAUAGAGGUCCUGGAUGGCAGGAAGCUUGGCCCCAGUGAUGUACUGGGCCGUACACACUACCCUCUGUAGUGUCUUGCGGUCGGAGGCCGAGCAGUUGCCAUACCAGGCAGUGAUGCAACCAGUCAGGAUGCUCUCGAUGGUGCAGCUGUAGAACCUUUUGAGGAUCUGAGGACCCUUGCCAAAUCUUUUCAGUCUCCUUAGGGGAAUAGGUUUUGUCAUGACUGUCUUGGUAUGUUUGGACCAUGUUAGUUUGUUGGUUAUGUGGACACCAAGGAACUUGAGCUCUCUACCUGCUCCACUACAGCCCCAUCGAUGAGAAUGGGGGCGUGCUCGGUCCUCUUCUUUAUCCUGUAGUCCACAAUCCCUCCCUCCUUUCCUCCAGGUGAAUGUAACACUGAAGCAGUUGGACCUGUCCUGGAAUGGGUUCGGCAGUGCUGGGGCGCAGGCUCUGGGGGAGGCCCUACGUCACAACAACACACUGGUGCAUCUGGACCUCAGCAACAACCGGGUCUCAGACGAGGGCACCGCACUGCUCUGUAACGGCCUGGUCGCUAACGAAAGCCUCAGGAUCCUACGGGUGGGUUUAGUUUAGUAGAGUAGGAGUAUGGGUUAUAAAUGUGUUAUAGCCCUCCUGUAGCCCAGUUGGUAGAGCGUGGCGCUUGCAACGCCAGGGUUGUGGGUUCGUUUCCCACGGUGGGCCAGUAUGAGAAAUGUAUGCGCUCACUAACUGUAAGUCGCUCCGGAUAAGAGCGUCUGCUAAAUGACUUAAAUGUCAAUGUAAAUGUUAUGAAGUCUCAGACGAGGGCACCACACUGCUCUGUAACGGCCUGGCAGCCAUCGACAGCCUCAGGGUGCUCAGGGUGGGUGGCUGCUUCAUAACACAUUCAUAACUCAUAUAUACAUUAUCCAUAAGCGGUACAUAAGCAUGCCAUAAACGACAUACUCCCCGUACAUCCACUGUUCAGCCAAGUGUAGACUAAAAGCCAGACACAUUUUUGUGCAAAAUGUCUGUGAUAUUCAACGUAGUUUGAUGUGCAUCGCCUUGUGCAGCUGGCCCAUAACCCUUUAACCCAGCUGGGAGCUCUGAAUCUACUCAACACCAUCAGGAACAACCCCAAGUCAGCUCUGGAAGAGAUCAACAUCUCAGUGAGAUACUUCAACCUACAACCAUCAACUGUUUAUCAACUUUUUUUGUUUGAGUUGUGUGCGUGCUUUUACCGCAUGUGUGUUGCUAUGUGUGUGUGUCCAUCCGCCUGUCCCUGUGUGUCUAUCCGUGAGUCUGUCCCUGUGUGUGUGUGUGUGUGUGUGUGUGUAUGUGUGUGUGUGUGUGUGUGUGUGUGUAUGUGUGUGUGUGUGUGUGUGUGUGUGUGUCUGUGUGUCUGUGUGUGUGUGUGUGUGUAUCCGUCUGUCCGUACCUGUGUGUGUAGACGGUGCUGGUAAACGAGGCCUUUGUGGUGCUGCUGGAGGCAGUGUGUCAGAACCAUUCAGGUCUGGAGGUCCAGUUCAAGGGUGUUACAGGCUCUGUCACCAGGACCAAGAAACCCUCCAUCGCACUCAACAUCAUCCAGGUCAGUGUCAAUUUAGUGAUGAACGAGACUUGGGAAUAUCAUAAAGCAAGAACACUGUUAGACUGAGAACACUGUUAGUUAGACUUAGAACACUGUUAGUUAGACUUAGACUGAGAACACUGUUAGUUAGACUUAGAACACUGUUAGAUUUAGACUGAGAACACUGUUAGUUAGACUUAGAACACUGUUAGAUUUAGACUGAGAACACUGUUAGUUAGACUGAGAACACUGUUAGUUAGACUUAGACUGAGAACACUGUUAGUUAGACUGAGAACACUGUUAGUUAGACUGAGAACACUGUUAGUUAGACUUAGACUGAGAACACUGUUAGUUAGACUUAGAACACUGUUAGACUUAGACUGAGAACACUGUUAGUUAGACUUAGAACACUGUUAGAUUUAGACUGAGAACACUGUUAGUUAGACUUAGAACACUGUUAGAUUUAGACUGAGAACACUGUUAGUUAGACUGAGAACACUGUUAGUUAGACUUAGACUGAGAACACUGUUAGUUAGACUUAGACUGAGAACACUGUUCGUUAGACUGAGACUGAGAACACUGUUAGUUAGACUUAGAACACUGUUAGACUUAGAACACUGUUAGGUAGACUUAGACUGAGAACACUGUUAGUUAGACUUAGACUGAGAACACUGUUCGUUAGACUGAGACUGAGAGAACACUGUUAGUUAGACAGAAAACUGAACUGAGACUGAGAACACUGUUAGUUAGACUAGACUGAGAACACUGUUAGAAGAACACUGUUAGUUAGACUGAGAACACUGUUAGUUAGACUGAGACUGAGAACACUGUUAGUUAGACUGAGAACACUGUUAGUUAGACUGAGAACACUGUUAGUUAGACUAAGACUGAGAACACUGUUAGUUAGACUGAGACUUAGAACACUGUUAGUUAGACUGAGAACACUGUUAGUUAGACUAAGACUGGAAUUGAAACACUGUUAGUUAGACUGAGAACACUGUAGAUAGACUGAGAACACUGUUAGUUAGACUAGAUGAGAACACUUAGUUGUAGACUGAGACUGAGAACACUGUUAGUUAGACUGAGAACACUGUUAGUUAGAUGAGACACUUAGUUGACUGAGAACACUGUUAGUUAGACUAAGACUGAGAACACUGUUAGUUAGACUGAGACUGAGAACACUGUUAGUUAGACUGAGAAACACUGUUAGUUAGACUGAGACUGAGAACACUGUUAGUUAGACUGAAAACACUGUUAGUUAGACUAAGACUGAGACACUGUAGUUAGUAGACUGAGAACACUGUUUAAAGUAGACACGAGAACUGAGAACACUGUUAGUUAGACUAGACUGAGAACACUGUUAGUUAGACUAGAUGAACACUGUUAGUUAGACUGACUAGAACACUGUUAGUUAGACUUAGACUGAAACACUGUUAGUUAGACUGAGACUGAGAACACGUUAGUUAGACUGAACCUGUUAGUUAGACUGAGACUGAGAACACUGUUAGUUUAGACUGAGAACACUGUUAGUUAGACUUAGACUGAGAACACUGUUAGUUAGACUGAGACUGAGAACACUGUUAGUUAGACUGAACACUGUUAGUUAGACUUAGACUGAGAACACUGUUAGUUAGACUGAGACUGAGAACACUGUUAGUUAGACUGUAGACAGUUAGAGACAAACACUGUUAGUUAGACUGAGACUGAGAACACUGUUAGUUAGACUGAAAACACUGUUAGUUAGACUGGACUGAGACUAUAGAUGAACACUGUAGUUAGACUAGACUAGACACUGUAGUUAGACUUAGAACACUGUUAGUUAGACUGAGAAACACUGUUAGUUAUGGACUUAGAACACUGUUAGUUAGACUGAGAGAACACUGUUAGUUAGACUGAGAACACUGUUAGUUAGACUGAGACUGAGAACACUGUUAGUUAGACUGAGACUGAGAACACUGUUAGUUAGACUAAGACUGAGAACACUGUUAGUUAGACUGAGAACACUGUUAGUUAGACUAAGACUGAGAACACUGUUAGUUAGACUGAGAACACUGUUAGUUAGACUAAGACUGAGAACACUUUAGUUAGAUAGACUGUAUAGAUAGACGACACUGUUAGUUAGACUUAGAACACUGUUAGUUAGACUGAGAACACUGUUAGUUAGACUUAGACUGAGAACACUGUUAGUUAGACUGAGAAACACUGUUAGUUAGACUUAGACUGAGAACACUGUUAGUUAGACUGAGACUAGAACACUGUUAGUUAGACUUAGAACACUGUUAGUUAGACUGAGAACACUGUUAGUUAGACUGAGACUGAGAACACUGUUAGUUAGACUUAGACUGAGAACACUGUUAGUUAGACUGAGAACACUGUUAGUUAGACUUAGACUGAGAACACUGUUCGUUAGACUUCGACUGAGAACACUGUUAGUUAGACUUAGACUGAGAACACUGUUAGUUAGACUUAGACUGAGAACACUGUUCGUUAGACUUCGACUGAGAACACUGUUAGUUAGACUGACAUUUUAUUAAACUGUAUCUAUAACAAAAUAGCGGUAUUUAUCUUUGUGAAUAACACAUGGCUUCAAUGUAUUUCCUGUAGGACUUCCUUACAGAGGAAAAGGAGGGUCUGUUGGAGUUGUUCCAGAGUUUGGAUAAAGAGGGAAACAUGUCUGUGGACAACAAGGAGUUCAGGAAGGCUGUGCAGGUCGGACGCCAUGAGCAGUAUAAUACUGACAGAAUACUGUUUCACUGUUUCACACUCACAAUUGAUUGAACAUGACUAGAUCAAUCAAUCAACAAGAUCAAUCAACCAAAUCAAUGAUGAUCAAGAUUCUUUUGAAUAUGGUGGUAAAGCUAACCAUUGUGUUUGUGUAUUGCAGCAUGCUAACAUACCCCUGGAUCAACACCAGCUGGAGUGGCUGAUACAGAACUUUGACAAGGACUGUACAGGCAGGAUAAACUACAGGUGGGUCUAAAUACAUGUACUGGAAUAUCUAUCCACUGUAGUGGACGCCAUGCAUGGGUUAAGAGCAUAGUCAAAUCUCACUAAGAUCAGUUUCCCUCGUCCAGAAUCUCCCCAGAGAAAAAGCUUAAAGGGCAAUUCGUAGUUGCUACAUCCAUUCUUUGAUUUAUAAAUUAAUGAUAUACCAAUUGAUUCGUGAAGAGUAUAACUUAUAAAUGCCUCAUGAACUUAGUUCAACUGUUGUACCCCAUCAGAACCCAAAAUAAUGUUGAAGUCGGAAGUUAUAAUAUAAUAAUAUAAUAAUAAUAUGCCAUUUAGCAGACGCUUUUAUCCAAAGCGACUUACAGUCAUGCGUGCAUACAUUUUUGUGUAUGGGUGGUCCCGGGGAUCAAACCCACUACCUUGGCGUUACAAGCGCCGUGCUCUCACAAUUCCUGACAUUUAAUCCUAGUAAAAAAUUCCCUGUCUUAGGUCAAUUAGGAUCACCACUUUAUUUUAAGAAUGUGAAAUGUCAGAAUAAUAGUAGAGAGAAUUAUUUAUUUCAGCUUUUAUUUCUUCCAUCACAUUCCCAGUGGGUCAGAAGUUUACAUACACUCAAUUAGUAUUUGGUAGCAUUGCCUUUAAAUUGUUUAACUUGGGUCAAACGUUUCGGGAUGCCUUCCACAAGCUUCCCACAAUAAAUUGGGUGAAUUUUGGUCCAUUCCUCCUGACAGAGCUGGUGUAACUGAGUCAGGUUUGUAGGCCUCCUUGUUCGCACACGCUUUUUCAGUUCUGCCCACACAUUUUCUAUAUGAUUGAGGUCAGGACUUUGUGAUGGCCACUCCAAUACCUUGACUUUGUUGUCCUUAAGCCAUUUUGCCACAACUUUGCUUGGGGUCAUUGUCCAUUUGGAAGACCCAUUUGCGACCAAGCUUGAACUUCCUGACUGAUGUCUUGAUGUUGCUUCAAUAUAUCCACAUAAUUUUCCUUCCUCAUGAUGCCAUCUAUUUUGUGAAGUGCACCAAGCCCUCCUGCAGCAAAGCACCCCCACAGCAUGAUGCUGCCACCCCCGUGUUUCACGGUUGGGAUGGUGUUCUUCGGCUUGCAAGCCGCCCCCUUUCUCCACCAAACAUAACGAUGGUCAUUAUGGCCAAACAGUUCUAUUUUUGUUUCAUCAGAACAGAGGACAUUUCUCCAAAAAGUACAAUCUUUGUCCCCAUGUGCAGUUGCAAACCGUAGUCUUGCUUUUUUAUGGCGGUUUUGGAGCAGUGGCUUCUUCCUUGCUGAGUGGCCUUUCAGGUUAUGUCGAUAUAGGACUCGUUUUACUGUGGAUAUAGAUACUUUUGUACCUGUUCCCUCCAGCAUCUUCACAAGGUCCUUUGCUGUUGUUCUGGGAUUGAUUUGCACUUUUCGCACCAAAGUAUGUUCAUCUCUAGGAGACAGAACGCAUCUCCUUCCUGAGCGGUAUGGCAGCUGCGUGGUCCCACUGUGUUUAUACUUGCGUACUAUUGUUUGUACAGAUGAACGUGGUACCUUCAGGCGUUUGGAAAUUGCUCCCAAGGAUGAACCAGACAUGUGGAGGUCUACAAUGUUUUUUCUGAGGUCUUGGCUGAUUUCUUUUGAUUUUCCCAUGAUGUCAAGCAAAGAGGCCCUGAGUUUGAAGUUAGGCCUUGAAAUACAUCCACAGAUACACCACCAAUUGACUCAAAUUAUGUCAAUUAGCCUAUCAGAAGCUUCUAAAGCCAUGACAUCAUUUUCUGGAAUUUUCCAAGCUGUUUAAAGGCACAGUCAACUUAGUGUAUGUAAACUUCUGACCCACUGGUAUUGUGAUACAGAGAAUUAUAAGUGAAAUAAUCUGUCUGUAAAAUGACAUGUGUCAUGCACAAAGUAGAUGUCCUAAAAGACUUGCCAAAACUAUAGUUUGUUAACAAGAAAUUUGUGGAGUGGUUGAAAAAACGAGUUUUAAUGACUCCAACCUAAGUGUAUGUAAACUUCCGACUUCAACUGUAUAUUUUUGUUUUAGUCCAGUGUUUGUUAACAAAGUCAAUGUAAACAAACUUUGUAUAGCUUUAUUACAUGUUUAAUCUAUAAUUGUAUCUCAUGGAUGGUCAGUCCUUGCAUCCAUUGCUCUGUCUACUAAUUUGAGAGUGGUUAUAUUUCUCAAGCCCAAUCCCUCAGCUGUUUAUCAAAACAGAGGUGGGGACGCCGCUUUAUUAUUGUUUCAACUACAGGUUGUCCCUUUAAGUUGAUUAUAAGGUCUUAGUUUGUACACAGAGUCAAAUGUGUUUUGUGUCCACAGCACUAUUUAAUGGACCGUCUUGUCAUUGCUCUCCCUGUGUGCUCCAUGUCUUGCAGCAGUCAGUUUGCUGAGCAGUCAUAGGCAGCCAUCGGUAGUGAAAAGGACAGACAGCGGUCACUGGGCCUAAGAAGGGAACAAGAUGGAGGACGACAAGAAAGAGAUGCUGUAAUAAACGCCAGUCUGAAUAGGAUUGUGUCCUUGUAGAAUGGUGUUGUGUUUGCAUGCACGGAAACACACAGAUGCACCAACGAACAAACAAACAAAACUGAAUAUUCAAGGUUGUAUUGUAGGGAUCUACACUCAUCUUCCCCACUCAAACCUUUAACCCCAGCCAGCUGCACACAGGGAGGGCACGUCAGUUCAGCCAGGUGUUCUCGAGCCCCGUCUCUCUCUCUUCCUGUCUCUCUUCAUCACUCCGGCCCGUUCUACAGCCAGCAUUAAUCUCAUCACUCCGGCCCGUUCUACAGCCAGCAUUAAUCUCAUCACUCCGGCCCAUUCUACAGCCAGCAUUAAUCUCAUCACUCCAGCCCGUUCUACAGCCAGCAUUAAUCUCAUCACUCCGGCCCAUUCUACAGCCAGCAUUAAUCUCAUCACUCCGGCCCGUUCUACAGCCAGCAUUAAUCUCAUCACUCCGGCCCGUUCUACAGCCAGCAUUAAUCUCAUCACUCCGGCCCGUUCUACAGCCAGCAUUAAUCUCAUAACUCCGGCCCGUUCUACAGCCAGCAUUAAUCUCAUCACUCCGGCCCAUUCUACAGCCAGCAUUAAUCUCAUCACUCCGGCCCAUUCUACAGCCAGCAUUAAUCUCAUCACUCCGGCCCAUUCUACAGCCAGCAUUAAUCUCAUCACUCCGGCCCAUUCUAUAGCCAGCAUUAAUCUCAUCACUCCGGCCCAUUCUACAGCCAGCAUUAAUCUCAUCACUCUGGCCCGUUCUACAGCCAGCAUUAAUCUCAUCACUCCGGCCCGUUCUACAGCCAGCAUUAAUCUCAUCACUCCGGCCCGUUCUACAGCCAUCAUUAAUCUCAUCACUCCGGCCCGUUCUACAGCCAGCAUUAAUCUCAUAACUCCGGCCCGUUCUACAGCCAGCAUUAAUCUCAUCACUCCGGCCCAUUCUACAGCCAGCAUUAAUCUCAUCACUCCGGCCCAUUCUACAGCCAGCAUUAAUCUCAUCACUCCGGCCCGUUCUACAGCCAGCAUUAAUCUCAUCACUCCGGCCCGUUCUACAGCCAGCAUUAAUCUUCUGCUAUGACAACAAUACAUCCAGAGAGAGAUACACAGACAGAGGCAGGAGGAGGAAGAAUAGGAGACGUUGGUCCAGGCAUUCUAAAAGACAUGCAGAGGGAGGCAGGAAGAAUAGGGCCAGAUGCAACCGAUGGUGUGUCUGCUUUGUGAAUGUAUGCAUGGCCUGUAAAGGAGAUGGAUGAACAGAUACUCCUGAUGAAUAUGCAGGCAGAUCAUUACUUAUGCAGGCACCGCGUUGGGUGGAAAUAAGGCUGAUUGUGUCUCAAGGUGUAUUUCUUUAUGGAGAGAUUAUGGAGAGACACUUUAGGUAGCUGAGAAGGCUUCGCCUAAAUCAGAGGUGGUUUGGUGAGCUACCUGGUAAGUAACCGUGUCUGUGGUUUGGUGAGCUACCUGGUAAGUAACCGUGUCUGUGGUUUGGUGAGCUACCUGGUGAGUAAUCAUGUAUGUGGUUUGGUGAGCUACCUGGUGAGUAACCGUGUCUGUGGUUUGGUGAGCUACCUGGUGAGUAACCGUGUCUGUGGUUUGGUGAGCUACCUGGUAAGUAACCGUGUCUGGGGUUUGGUGAGCUACCUGGUGAGUAACCGUGUCUGUGGUUUGGUGAGCUACCUGGUGAGUAACCGUGUCUGUGGUUUGGUGAGCUACCUGGUGAGUAACCUUGUCUGUGGUUUGGUGAGCUACCUGGUGAGUAACCGUGUCUGUGGUUUGGUGAGCUACCUGGUGAGUAAUCGUGUAUGUGGUUUGGUGAGCUACCUGGUGCGUAACCGUGUCUGUGGUUUGGUGAGCUACCUGGUGAGUAACCGUGUCUGUGGUUUGGCGAGCUACCUGGUGAGUAACCUUGUCUGUGGUUUGGUGAGCUACCUGGUGAGUAACCGUGUCUGUGGUUUGGUGAGCUACCUGGUGAGUAACCGUGUCUGUAGUUUGGUGAGCUACCUGGUAAGUAACCGUGUCUGUGGUUUGGCGAGCUACCUGGUGAGUAACCGUGUCUGUGGUUUGGCGAGCUACCUGGUGAGUAACCGUGUCUGUGGUUUGGUGAGCUACGCUCAGCUGAUGGGUAACUGUGCCUGCCUAGCUCAGCGGCAAGUCUUGUAUGUGGCACAGGACAACAGGGUUCCAAUCCCGGUCGCUCACAUCGUUGCCAUGACCUGGGUGGGUCGGUCUCUGUGAGGAGGAGGUCAAACGGCAUGGUUUGCAUAACGUACUGCACGUACUGUAGCAGGGCUCAGUCCCAUUUCAAUUCAGAACGUUAACCUAAUUCUAAUUCCAAAUUGAACAGGGAAUCUCAGUGUACUGUCUGAGUAGCGGCAGUGUAUAAAGGCUGUACUUACCACAAUUUCCUUCGUUCGCUAAGUUCUCAUCGCUCUCUGUUCCCCUUUUAGAGUAUGGUCAUUAGCACAGUAUACAUGAUUCCAAUUUUAGCUCAGAGACACCAGGCAAAUUGAGAAAAAAAUAAGAUAAUGCUGAUUUAUAGGCACAUUGAACUAUAUGGAUAGUGCUAGAACAAUGGCGUCACAUCGGAAUUCUGCCAUCUUUAUGCACGUUCGCCAUUGAUUGGAAUUCAACUGGAAAUGACCCCACCCUGACUGUCUCUGUUGCUCUGGUAUGAGUCAUAAAAGCACAACUCCUCAGAUGAUGAUGAUGAUGUUUGAUGCGACAGCUGUGUGUUCAGCUCAGAUAAUGGAUGGAACAUAUCUACAACCACUUGUUUCCUAAAGUGCUUUUAGCCCACGGAUUGGUUUCAUUUGCUGUUGGACUGUCAUGUGAGGAAUAUCUGGUUCAAAGGCUUUUGUUCUUUAAAAUUUGGCGCUACGUUUCUCAAUGGGAAGAUACCCAUUGUAUUGGUAAACGGCCUACCCAUCGCUAAUGCGUCUCGGGUUGGGGUGUAGGUCCACUAACCCACCGAGAUGAACUCGCUACAGAGAGUAGCAAGACCACAGUGCCUUUAGAAAGUAUUCACACCCGUGAGUACUUGGGAUUAAAAUGGAUUUAAUUGUCAUAUUUUGUCAACGAUGAUCUACACAAAAUACUAUGUCAUGACAAAGUGGAAGAAAAAUUCAAACGUUUAUUUUUUUUAAAAUCCUGAAAAAUAAAAGGUAACGCUUUACUUGACACCCAGCGUCAUAAUACGUUAUGGCACGGUCAUUACCAUGUCAUAACAGCUGACAUCUAUUGUCAUAACCUGUCAUAAUAUGGUCAUAACACUGUCAUGACCCAUAUAUUUACACCUGUGACACAUUGCAUUAUUUUAUGGCUGGUUAUGACACCUACAUAUGAGUGUCAAAACCCACAUUUAUUCAAAUUCGUUUUUUCCCCUACCAAGAAGUUUCCUUUCAUUUGAAAGUUUGUUUCUUAAGUCCUUUGUUGUUGUAAUGAACUAUGACAUUCCUUAUGACCAAUCGCGUGUCACUUUACUUGGACUAAGAAAAUAACCUUCAUGACACUGUCAAGAAGCAUUGUGACCAUCAUUAUCAUAUAAGCCAGAGAGGCCUAUCACGUGCAUGCCCUUAUGUCAGUCAUCAGUCAACAUGAGGGUGCUCCUGAAAUCUGCUCCUACAUUCAUACCAGUCAUCAGCAACAGAACAUUAUGGUAAGUGCAUCAAUGUGUGCUCAAUUACAAUUAUAACUUAAUAUGGUCAAUUUCUGAAAAUGUUGUAUAACAUAAACAUACUGUUGACAGGUAGACUAUGGUGUAAUGGAAUGUUUUGCCUCGUGUGGUUAGGUUUUGUGGGUUUUAACGCAAUAUAUAUCAAAACAGGUCUAAAUAUAUGUGUCAUGACAGUGUUAUGAACAUUAUGACAGGUUAUGACAAGUUAUAUCAUCUGUUAAGACAUAGACAUAUUUUGACAUGGUUAUGAUCGUGUCAUAACGUGUUAUGACGCUGGGUGCCAAGUAAAGUGUUACCAAAUAAAACACUAAUAUAUCUUAAUUACAUAAGUAUUCAACCCCCUGAGUCAAUACAUGUUAGAAUCACCUUUGGCAGCGAUUACAGCUCUGAGAACUCUUAAGAACUUUGCACACAUGGAUUGUACAAUAUUUGCACAUUAUUCUUUUAAAAAGUAUUCAAGCUCUGUGAAGUUGGUUGUUGAUCAUCGCUAGACAACCAUUUUCAAGUCUUGCCAUAGAUUUUCAAGCAGAUUUAAGUCAAAACGGUAACUUGGCCACUCGGGAACAUUCACUUUCUUCUUGGUAAGCAACUCCAAUGUAUAUAGCACCUUGUGUUUUGGGUUAUUGUCCUGCUGAAAGGUGAAUGUGUCUUCCAGUGUCUGUUGGAAAGCAGACUGAACCAGGUUUUCCUCUAGGAUUUUGCCUGUGCUUAGCUCUAUUCUGUUUCUUUUUAUCCUUAAAAACUCCCUAGUCCUUGCCGAUGACAAGCAUACCCAUAACAUGAUGCAGCCACCACCAUGCUUGAAAAUAUGAACAGUGGUUCUCAGUGUUGUGUUGGAUUUGCCCCAAACAUAAUGCUUUGUAUUCAGGACAUAAAGUUAAUUUCUUUGCCAUUUUCAAUGUCUGCUAGUUUUAUUUCUACCCAUCUACCAAUAGGUGCCCUUCUUUGCGAGGCAUUGGAAAACAUCCCUGGUCUUUGUGGUUGAAUCUGUGUUUGAAAUUCACUGCUCGACUGAGGGACCUUACAGAUAAUUGUACAGUAUGUAUUGGGUACAGAGAUGAGGUAGUCAUUCAAAAAUCAUGUUAAACACUAUUAUUGCACAGUCCAUGCAACUUAUGUGACUUGGUAAGCAAAAACAAAUCCUGAACUUAUUUAGGCUCGCCAUAACAAAAGGGGUUGAAUACUAUUGACUCAAGACAUUUCAGCUUUUCAGUUUUUAUUAAUUUGUAAACAUUUCUAAAAACAUAAUUCCACUUUUACAUUAUGGGGUAUAGUGUGUAGGCCAGUGACAAACCAUCUCAAUUUAAUCAAUUUUAAAUUCAGGCUGGAACACAACAAAAUGUGGAAAAAGUCGAGGCAUGUGAAUACUUUCUGAAGGCACUGUUUAUGCCAACAGGCCUGUUCGAAAGAUGGAAAAAAAAAUAACAGAAUAAUUUAGGUAAAUUACCUCUCUGAUGUUGGCUUAAUGAAAACAAAUAUCUAGCUCUCCCGUUCCUAAUGGUCCAUCUUUCAUCUGAAUCAACACAAAGCCUUGAAUGCCUCGUCAUAUUGAACAGGCUCCAUUGGAUAUUCACAUGUUGGGCCAAAUGUUCAAGACGAGACAAAACAACAGAACGAACCCCCUAGGAUAUCUAUGCACAUCGCAGCACUGGCUUGGCCUAAUAGAGCGGAUUCAGCGCAUUAAAAAUCAUCUCGAUAGCGCUAAUGGAAUCUUGAGUGGCCAAUAGAAGUAAAUAAUUAAAUUAAAGACCCCUAUGGUGUUAUUGUUUCCUGUAUUCAUGAAUCAUCAAGGCCUCCUGUAUUCUCAUGCUAAUCUAACAUCAGGAUAUUUGUUUUAUUUAUUUUUGUGUCCGACAUAAUGAACGAACCCGUGUUUUUUUUCUCCUUCCAAAUGGCGUUGUUCAGACGUUUGUGCAGGUUCUGGCACAGAAACAAAGACGCAGCAUUAGUAGCCAUUGUCCUCCGUGAUUAUUAAAGUAAACAGAGUGGAGGGUGCUCACCUUACGGAGGCAGCUGCAGGCACUUGAGGGGAACGUCCGUGAAGAGAGGGGAGGAAGGGCCGGGCCAAGCAACCCUCAAGACUCUCUGUUAGUCAGGUGAGCCCAUUAUUCUGAGGCUUCUAGAGAACAGCAGAGCGCUACGAUAAUUAGCUUUGAAGAUCAGGGUCGUCUUCAUUAGGCACCAAAGGGAAGAAAACAGACAGACAAACAGGGAGGGACUAUCUGGACUCAUUAAGAACUGCUUGUUUCCCCUUUCCAUUGAAACAGGUUUUGCUACAGUGUGCCUUAAUGAACAGGGCCCAGAUCCAGCUCUGGGUUAGGAUUCAUUUGGGUGCAGUCCAGAAGUGUAAUGACAGAGAAGCUAAGGAACACAAUGUUCUGUUCCCGCUUCCUCUUUAAAGGGACAAUCUGCGAUUGCUACAUCCAAUUUUGGAUUCUUGAACAAUAUAAAUUAUGCCUCAUGAGUUUAGUUCAACUGUCACACCCAAAAUAAGCAUGUUUUACUCCAUUGUUUGUAAACAAUGCAAUUGUACACAAAUACUGUUUAGCCUUAAUACAUGGUUAAAACUAUCAUGUUGAUAUCAUGGAUGGCCAGACCAUGCAUCUAUAGCUCGGUCUAUGAAUUUGAGAUUUGUUCAUCUCCAGCCCAAUCCCUCAACUGUUAAACGAAAGUGGCGGGGUGCUCCCUUUGAUAUUGUUUGAACUGCAGAUUGUCCGUUCAAUUAUAUACCCUGUUACCAAUACAUCAAGAGCAGGAGGGGUACAUGGUCUGGUUGACUGGUUCCUCACUUAUUCAUUUUCCUUAUGAAAUGAAGAAUAGACACUGAUAAAUGUUCCCACCGUUUUGUCUAACAUUUCCCAUGGUGCAUCUAUCCUUUAUAUAAUAUGCUUACAUUUUUUGUACUCAGCACCUCCAUGUUACUGGAUGUGCGAUGUGCUGAACACUACAUUUAAAACUAAUCUUCCUUUUCCUUGCCCCGGUGCUUCUGCUUGCUCUAAGGUGAUCCAUGUUGCUGCAGGAAGGGCUAUAUAAAUAUAUGAGAUAUUCUCAAGAGAGGAAGAAAAACCCAAGACAAGCAUCUGUAAAUUAAAACUCUUCAAGAUGUUUUAAUGUUAUUGGUAGCACUAUAUAAUAACUCCACGUAGUAACGCAUUUAUAAUGGAUUAGUAAAUAAUUUAUUCAUCAUUACUCGCAUUUCUAAAUGUUAGUAACUUAGUUAUUCACACAUUUAUAAACAACUUUUAAAGUAUUUAAUAAUCAUUCAUAAGAUGUUUAAUAUAAGUACUUCUAAAUAAUCUACUAAUCACUAGUAAAGCAUUUUUGCAUGACCUAAUCUAAAGUGUGGGCUAUUUAUACUUUAUAAAUAAUUUAUAAAUGUUUUGAGUGACCAGUGUAAUUUCUCACCAAAAGAUGGACAUGCCAUUGGUAAACAUUCCAGCAGUACCUGAUGAUCCUUAAGGUCUCAGAAUGGCCCCUAGAACAUAUCAAUGGUUAGAAAAUAAGCCUGCAACACAGAGCAUGAUUUGAACAUUAGCCUUUCUUGGCAGUGACCUUUAUACCAAAAGCAAAGUGUGGUUUGCGGUCAUGCCUUAAAGCACUCAAAUCUCAAUGAACGCAGAACUAAAAUCUUCAAAUCAAAUCAAAUGUUAUUUGUCACAUACACGUGUUUAGCAGAUGUUAUUGCGGAUGUAGCGAAAUGCUUGCGUCAUUUUGUCAGUUGGGUGAUUUAGUUCUGGGUCCAUACACGUUAGAAAUUGUGAGUUCCGGUUUGCGAAGUCUCCGCCCUCACAAAAUAAUGUAAAUGUAUAAAGUAAAAAUAACCUACUUUAGGUGAGGUCACGCAAAAAGACUUAACAAAUCAUUAGUACAUGGUUUAUAAUGACCUAUAUUAAACAUCUUAUGGAGUAACGAUUAAUAAAUGAAUAAACUACUUACUAAUCCAUUAUAAAUGCUUUACUAUGCGAGGUUAUAACGUGCUACUACCUAUAAUCAUUUUCUUUAAAUAGUUACAUACAAGCAUUGUAUACAGCACAGAAAGAAUCUCUUUCCUGGGUGGGUUUAAUGAAGAAGAGUUUAUCAUGAGAAAUACAUUGUGCACGCUGCUAACUUGUGCUUCUUGAAAACUACUCCCAAACUUUGUUGUGAAUGUUGUACAGUUGUAUAUAUAUAUAUAUAUAUAUAUAUAUAUAUAUAUAUAUAUAAGUCCUGAACAAAACUAGCGUCUGGGUGUUCUAUAGCAUGGUGCCUUCUCAUGGACGGACAGAAGCACAUCUAGAGAUGAAGGAAAGUGGUUUAUCUUUUCUACCAAAAGCUCAAAGACGAUUGUCUGCAUCUGAAAUGGCAUCCUACUCCUAUAUGGCAACAUACCGUUGUAAUUUUUAUUUAUUUCACCUUUAUUUAACCAGGUAAGCCAGUUGAGAACAAGUUCUCAUUUACGACUGCGACCCGGCCAUGCACUAUAUAAACGAAUAGGAUGCCAUUAUGGACGCAACCCAACGUGUGUGGUAGUUUCGAUGAGAUUACAAUCAUUUCCAAUGCCGCUCAGUGGACAGUCACCCCCAAAAGAAACAGACGUUACCGCGACAAGGGGAAGCCUAGAGAGUAAACAUACAGGGGUGACAGUUUACCAAGGGGCUUCUCUAUCCCCAGGGAAUAGCUCUGUCAAAACACAGACCCAUGACAUGGGACAGUCGUACAGUACAGCAGGACCUUUAGAAUGGGCUUCAUCUUGUCCGACCGAGCCCUCCUUUAGGGCAGCAUUAUAAAAACACAUUUUGGCUUUAAAAUCACUAGCAUGGAUAGACUACAUGUACAGCUCAAUGAAAACCUUGGUGUAAAAAAAAAAAAAAGGUACACUAAAUUCAUGAUGUUUUGAAGAAGAAUGUGUCCGUUUCUUUUUCAGUUUCAAGUUCACUUCUAUUAGUCAUAUGUACUGGAUACACAAGGUAUAGCACACUGUCCAAUGAAAUGCUGACUUCCAGGUUCCCUUUAGACAGUGAUGUAAGUGCUUUGAACAUACAGGUCUAAUAUUGACACAGAACAGACCUGGUAGGUUCAGUCUAAUAUUGACACAGAACAGACCUGGUAGGUUCAGUCUAAUAUUGACACAGAACAGACCUGGUAGGUUCAGAGGGUCAGUCUAAUAUCGACACAGAACAGACCUGGUAGGUUCAUCAGAGUCAGUCUAAUAUUGACACAGAACAGACCUGGUAGGUUCAGUCUAAUAUUGACACAGAACAGACCUGGUAGGUUCAGAGGGUCAGUCUAAUAUCGACACAGAACAGACCUGGUAGGUUCAUCAGAGUCAGUCUAAUAUUGACACAGAACAGACCUGGUAGGUUCAGUCUAAUAUUGACACAGAACAGACCUGGUAGGUUCAACAGAGUCAGUGGUACACUGUAUGAUGUUGACCAACUGUUGAAUCAAUAUGACAUGUCAGUCUGAGUUAAGCUGCAGAAUGAAACCACCCAAUAAUAAGUGAAUAAUCGCAACAUAAAAAUUAUCUCCCUUAGCCUGAGUCCCAUAUCCAUUUGUCCUUUCUUGUCAACUCCUGUCAUUGUCACGAAAGAGACAAAACAGCACAAACGGAUCAGGGCCUCAGGCUCUCUCUCUUUAACCAAAAGCAGCACAUAAGAUAUAGCUGUUGCUUGUGUUUUUGGGGAUGGGUUGGUUUUAUACGGAUGCUGAGUGAUGUUUAAAUAGCCGGGGGGGUGCGUUCAGCAGGGCACAACGUUGUGGAGCAUUAUGUAGAACCAACAUACCUCUCUGGGGUACAAGAAGGAAUCAAGUCAGCUCUCUUCACGAUACUGCUAUCUGAGGAGCAUACUACAAAGCAAGAUCAACAAGAGCCAGCUAACUUACCUAAAUGUUCUGAAAUAACUUUUUAUUUUGGGGGGGGAAAGAUAACCUUGAAAUGAGCAUGGCCUAAAUUGAUCCAACAACCAUAAAAACGCAUAUCUAAGUUGAGCUUAAAUGAACCAGAAUAUCACUAGUUAUUUCUUGGUUGUCGAUCAAAAGUUAGCUGGCUAACUCAUUGAUUCUGCGUUGUAGCGUAGCCCUCUCUAAUGUUAGGCAGCAUUACUGCGUCCUGAAUGUGGCCCUGUUGCAGCGAUGGGAGGCUGGAAUCACAUGUCCAGCAGUAGAACACGGGGGUCCUCCACCACUGACUUGAUCUUCCGCAGGAAGGUGACGGCCUCUCUGCCGUCGACCAGCCGAUGGUCGUACGUCAGAGCCACGUACAUCAUGGGCCGGAUCUCCACCUGAUGGAGAGAGGGAGAUCAAAUAUCAGAUGAUAACAAGAACUAGUAGCUACUCCAUUCAACUGACUGGCUGUACCACUGUCAUUAAUAUAACUGGCUGUACCACUGUCAUUUAGUCAUAAUAAUAUAACUGGCUGUACCACUGUCAUUUAGUCAUAUUAAUAUAACUGGCUGUACCACUGUCAUUUAGUCAUAUUAAUAUAACUGGCUGUACCACUGUCAUUUAGUCAUAUUAAUAUAACUGGCUGUACCACUGUCAUUUAGUCAUAUUAAUAUAACUGGCUGUACCACUGUCAUUUAGUCAUAAUAAUAUAACUGGCUGUACCACUGUCAUUUAGUCAUAAUAAUAUAACUGGCUGUACCACUGUCAUUUAGUCAUAUUAAUAUAACUGGCUGUACCACUGUCAUUUAGUCAUAAUAAUAUAACUGGCUGUACCACUGUCAUUUAGUCAUAAUAAUAUAACUGGCUGUACCACUGUCAUUUAGUCAUAAUAAUAUAACUGGCUGUACCACUGUCAUUUAGUCAUAAUAAUAUAACUGGCUGUACCACUGUCAUUUAGUCAUAAUAAUAUAACUGGCUGUACCACUGUCAUUUAGUCAUAAUAAUAUAACUGGCUGUACCACUGUCAUUUAGUCAUAAUAAUAUAACUGGCUGUACCACUGUCAUUUAGUCAUAAUAAUAUAACUGGCUGUACCACUGUCAUUUAGUCAUAAUAAUAUAACUGGCUGUACCACUGUCAUUUAGUCAUAAUAAUAUAACUGGCUGUACCACUGUCAUUUAGUCAUAUUAAUAUAACUGGCUGUACCACUGUCAUUUAGUCAUAAUAAUAUAACUGGCUGUACCACUGUCAUUUAGUCAUAAUAAAUCAUGAUAAUAUAACUGACUGAGGUUGAAAUUGAAAGGUACAUAUAGUAGCUGACUGAGGUUGAAAUUGAAACGUAAUAUAUAGUAGCUAGAUUUUAGAAAUGAUAACUGUUGACAUGACAACAUGCAUACAUUUGCGGCAAAUAAUGUCCAAUUCAACUUCUGGAUUGAGAUGAAUUUCAUUUGUUGACAUACAGAAGCUCAUGCACUGCGGGUGUGACCCACCUUGCCGCCGAUGGCCACAGGCCUGUCGAAGAUGCCGUGCAUGCCCAGGAUGGCAGACUGGGGUGGGUUGAUGAUGGGCGUGCCGAACAUGGAACCGAACACUCCUCCGUUACUGAUGGUGAAGGUCCCCCCAUCCAUGUCCUCCACAGCCAGCGUAUUGUUACGAGCCUGGACACAACACAGGAGUCAGUUCUGCCUUUACUCAAUGCCAUUUGUUUUCAUCGAUCUCCCGUUUGAAGAACUUCUUGGCGCCGUUUAUCACAGGGUGGUGUCAUCCUAUUGAUGUUGUGACUAAAGGCACAACCUUAAACCGUAACUGUUAGAUCUUAUUGUGUUAUUGACUGUAUGUUUUUGUUUACCCCAUGUGUAACUCUGUGUAGUUGUUGUUUUUAAUCGCACUGCUUUGCUUUAUCUUGGCCAGGUCGCAGUUGUAAAUGAGAACUUGUUCUCAACUGGCUUACCUGGUUAAAUAAAGGUGAAAUAAAAUAAAAAUGUCUACAACAGUGACUCAUUCAUCCCAUUCAAACAAAGCGUUGUACCUUCUCUCCCAGACCGUUGAUGGUUUUCUCAAUGUCAGCAAAGUUCAUGGUCUCUACGUUGCGAAUAACCGGUACAACCAGUCCCUGGUGAAGGGGAGCAGAUGAGACCACAUUUACAAGCAAGAAACCCUGACUUUUCUGGUUACAUUUGUAUAGAAUUUUCACCCAACACAGAGAAAAGAACACCAGCACAGAGAAAACAACACCAGCAGAGAAAACAACACCAGCACAGAGAAAACAACACCAGCACAGAGAAAACAACACCAGCACAGAGAAAACAACACCAGCACAGAGAAAACACCACCAGCACAGAGAAAAUAACACCAACACAGCGAAAAUAACACCAACACAGCGAAAAGAACACCAGCACAGAGAAAACAACACCAGCGCAGAGAAAAGAACACCAGCACAGAGAAAAGAACACCAGCACAGAGAAAAGAACACCAGCACAGCGAAAAGAACACCAGCACAGCGAAAAGAACACCAGCACAGAGAAAACAACACCAGCACAGAGAAAAGAACACCAGCACAGCGAAAAGAACACCAGCACAGAGAAAAGAACACCAGCACAGCGAAAAGAACACCAGCACAGCGAAAAGAACACCAGCACAGAGAAAACAACACCAGCACAGAGAAAAGAACACCAGCACAGAGAAAAGAACACCAGCACAGAGAAAAGAACACCAGCACAGAGAAAAGAACACCAGCACAGAGAAAAGAACACCAGCACAGAGAAAAGAACACCAGCACAGAGAAAAGAACACCAACACAGAGAAAAGAACACCAGCACAGAGAAAAGAACACCAGCACAGAGAAAAGAACACCAACACAGAGAAAAGAACACCAGCACAGAGAAAAGAACACCAGCACAGAGAAAAGAACACCAGCACAGAGAAAACAACACCAGCACAGAGAAAACAACACCAGCACAGAGAAAAGAACACCAGCACAGAGAAAAGAACACCAGCACAGAGAAAAGAACACCAGCACAGAGAAAAGAACACCAACACAGAGAAAACAACACCAACACAGAGAAAACAACACACUAUGCUCUACGAUACAAGGAGCACUAG